UGAGAGAGGCUGCAGACGGACGGACCCAGGCUGCUGUCACUUAAACUGAGGGCGGAGAGCACAGCAUGAAGGCCCUGCUGUCCAUCUGCUUGCUACUGACCCAUGCGAAAGGGAAUGCCCGUCAGUGCCGUUGGGGCCCCUUCACCCCGUGGAGCGAGUGUGAGGGUUGCAACCACACACAGAGCCGCUGGAGAGCAGUGGCGGAGUUUGCGGAGUUCGGGGGCAGACCGUGCACUGGGGAACGGUUCGAGAUGCGUUCCUGCACACCCACCCGGGGCUGCCCUGUGGAGGAGGGCUGCGGGGACAAGUUCCGCUGUGCCUCAGGUCAAUGCAUCAGUCAGACCCUGGUGUGUAAUGGGGACGAGGAUUGUGAGGGAGACGGCUCUGACGAGACCGGCUGUGAAGAACGGAGAAUGGCCUGUGACAUCGACAAGAUUCCACCUCAGGCCGAGCUGACUGGAAAUGGUUUCGAUAUAAUCAAGGGCGAGUUUCGAAGGCCUGUCAUCAACACCAAGUUUUUUGGGGGGACCUGCCGGAAGGUCUUUGGCGAGGACACUCGGAACUAUUAUCGGCUUCCACAGAGCCUCCUCCGGUACACCUUCCAGGUGCAGGUGAAGAAUGAUUUCAAGUUCCGAGCCUACCAGAGCAGUUGGUCCUACAUGAAGGAGGAGAGAGGCUCGUUAUCUGCCUCUGGUCGGAGCACUUUUUCCAGCUACAAUGAGGCACACAACACGUUCAGAAACAAAAACAACCAGAAGUCAAAGGAGCAGUUGUACCUGAACGUGGAGAACGAGGUGGAGGUGGCACAGUUCAGCAACGAGAGGCCGGACCAGCUGCCUUUACCAAGCGCUUUCCACCGUGAGCUGCUGCAGCUGCCCGCCGUCUACGAGCGGAACGCCUACCGCCGCCUCAUCGAGCUCUACGGCAGCCACUACCUGCGGCGCGGCAGCCUCGGCGGCCGCUACCGGCUGCUCUUCCUCGUUGACAAGGAUCGACUCAGCAAAUCAGGGAUCACGAAGGAGGAUAUGAAGAAAUGCUCACAGACCUCCGUCAACCUGUUCAUCAUCAAGUACAGCAGCGGGAAGUGCAGAGAAUACCAGAACGCUCUGCAGACUGCCUUAGGCGUUGGAUCGGGGAAGGCAGAGGGCCUGUCCACCACGGUGGGCGGACGAGCUGCCUUCAUUGCUGCCCUGAGCCGUGUGGACAUGAGGAAUCCUCAGGCCAACAGUGACGUGUACCAGCGCUGGGCCGGGUCCGUCAGUCACAACCCUGUCAUUAUCAAACAGCAGCUGGCGCCGUUGGAUGAGCUGGUGAAAGGGGUACCGUGUGCAGGGGUGAAAAGAGUUUUCCUGCGCCGGGCGCUGGCUGACUAUGAAGCAGAGGUUAACCCGUGCCACUGCAGGCCCUGUUUCAACAACGGCCGUGCCCUGGUCAUCGGCACCACCUGCCAGUGCUUCUGCCAACCCUACACGUUCGGGCCGUUGUGUCAGAGGGGGGCCCUGGCUCAGGAGCGGGACAGAGGGACUGGAGUAGAGGGAGGCUGGAGCUGUUGGAGUGGAUGGAGUGAGUGUCAGGGAGGGCAGCGACACCGAUUCCGUAACUGCGACAACCCGGCGCCAGGCCGCGGAGGGAGAGCGUGCGCGGGGCAGCAACGGCAGUCUGAGGCCUGUCCAGACUCUGAACUGGAGCAUCUACGCACGGUGGAGCCACACUGUUUCGAAGAGCAGGAUGGUCCAAUCAGAGGGUGUUCUGCACCUCCCCAUCUGGAGAAUGGGUUUGUUCAGGAAGCUCAGCGGGUUUAUACCGUGGGAACUCACGUUAUGUACGCGUGCCACGCUGGCUACUACCUGUCAGGAGGUGAUGGAGCGGUGAGGUGUGGGGAAGACCUACAGUGGGAACGCAAUGAACUUCGCUGUUUGCGGACAGAAUGCCCCCCACCAGUGGUGGGCCCUGGAGUGGUGGCCUCUCCUUCCAAACCCAGCCACAAGAUUGGGCAGAGGGUCUCCCUGUCCUGUUCUGUGUCCCUGACUUUGCACGGUCCCACCAGAAUCACAUGCAGCCCCAGUCUGCGGUGGGACCCUGAUCCGCACGAAAGCAGGUGUGAGUCAGCCCCCGAGCCGGAGGUCAGUCCACAACCUCAAUGUCCCCCAGGGAAGAAGCUCGUGGAAAUGGAGUGUGUCUGUAAAAUGCCCUACGAGUGCAGCGCCUCUCUGCCAGUCUGCGUGAGAGACGCAGGGAGUGGCCGUAACAUGCUGUUAACCUGGUGUAAACUACAGUCGCUGCAGUGCCUGGGCCGAGCUUUCGCCUUGGCUGAGGAUGCCGAUUGCCCGGCCCCAAGCCUCAUGGACAGACGCUGCGGGGCCUGCGCGCCCUGGGAGACGUGUGACGCCCAGAGCGACCGCUGUGUGUGCUCAGAGGCAGCAGAGUGUACUCAGCCCGGGAUUGAGUUCUGUGCCGAGCUGGAGGGCAGCGAGGGGGAGCAAACCCUUAGCGAGUGCCAGGCCGCUGUCCUGCAGUGUCGGGGUCAAGCCUUCAAUCUCACCGCCUCGCAUCCCUGUCCCUGACCACCGGGUACCUUCUCCCCUACACUGCCCAUAUACCCUUUCCCAGUCCCUCCCCCUACACUGCCCAUAUACCCUCUCCCUGUCCCUCUCGCUACACUGCCCACCGUUCGUGCCCUUGGCACAGUCCACAGCCCAUAUACCCUCUCCCUGACACUGCCCACCGUUCGUGCCCCUGGCACAGUCCACAGCCCAUAUACCCUCUCCCUGUCCCUCCCGUACACUGCCCACCGUUCGUGCCCCUGGCACAGUCCACAACACACCGCUCCACUGCUCUGGGCUGACACGCCAUCCACUUCCCCACUGCCCGAUAUCCACAUCUUACUCACAGCCCAACAACUCCCUCCACAAACCUCCACAUCCUACCUUCCCUGCCCCCCUCAAACCUUCGUUCCUUCUGCCUCCAAGCCUCACCCUCCCUCAAAUCAAGUGUAAUUAUCAUUUACCCAGAUAUGGGCACAGCAAACAAAACGGUGUUCUGGGCCAAGGUGCAAAGCAGGUAGAAUAGCGUAAUUCAAAAUGUCGAGCAAAGAUGCAAAUUCACUCUAAAACAACAUAAAUAGUCCAAGACCCUGAGAGACAAUGUCCAGCGAUCGAUGGUGGAGUCUCCCGGCAAUGGACAGACGUACGCAUCCCAGCCUGUCAUUCCACCACUCAAACACGGGGCAGCACUGUCAGGUGAGGCCGGGCCCACAGCCCAGUGCAGACACCACAUCUCUCACCUGGUCUGCAGCAGCAGGCUAGCCCAAGCCUUGAGGCCUAGUUCUCGCUACAGCUCAGACUACACAGCUCCCAUGUUGCCUGUCCCACCACCAGACAAAGGUAACAGGUCUGCGGCAACUUACAUUAUCACUGUCCAACGGGGUCCUGCGAUAUCAAGUGAAAUGUCUGAGGCAAUUUCCCACAGUUUUACUGCACCAACUCCGAUGUUUCUGAGUAGCUGCAACACGGACUGCAGCCAGGUCAGUUCCUCUGGACCCAAACUGGAUCCUCCGAUAUCCCAGCCAUCUCCUUUCCGGUUGUAAGACCAUCAGACAUAGAAGCAGAAUUAGGCCAUUUGGCCCAUCAAGUCUGCUCCACCAUUCCAUCAUGGCUGAUCCUGGAUCCCAGUCAACCUCAAACACCUGCCUUCUCGCCAUAUCCUUCGAUGCCCUGGCCGAUCUAUAAACGAUCAACUUCCACCUUAAAUAUACCCACGGACUUGGCCUCCACUGCAGUCUGUGGCAGAGCAUUCCACAUAUUCACUACUCUCUGGCUUAAAAAAUUCCUCUUUACCCCUGUUUUAAAUGAUUGCCCCUCAAUUUUGUGGCUGUGCCCUCUUGUUCUGGAUACCCCUACCAUAGGAAAUGUCCUCUCCACAUCCAGCCGAUCUAGUCCUUUCAACAUUCAGUAGAGUUCAAUCAGAUCCCCCCGCAUUCUUGUAAAUUCCAGUGAGUACAGGCCCAAAGCUGCCAAACGUUCCUCUUAUGUGAAUCAUCAUUGUGCACCUCCCCUGGACUAUCUCCAAUGACAACACAUCCUUUCUGAGGUAUGGCUCCUAAAACUGUUGUCAAUACGCCAAGUGCACCCUGACUGGUGUCUUAUAAAGACUCAGUAUUAUCUUCUUGCUUUUAUAUUCUGUUCCCCUUGAAAUAAAUGCCAACAUAGCAAUCGCCUUCUUCACCACAAACUCAACUUGUAAAUUAACCUUCUGGGAGUCUUGCACGGGUACUCCUAAGUCGCUCUGCACCUGAUGUUUGAACCUUCUCUCCAUUUAGAUAAUAGUCCGCACCAUUGAAACACCCUGGUUUCCUUGGCUGCGUAAGCUUAGGGAAGACAGUCUCCAAACUCGUGAGACUGAGGCGCGCUCGAUCCCACCCCAAACCCUGGUUUGUGUGGAUGCUGUGUCAUUUGCAACCCUGUUGCAAAUUAAUGCCAUGAAAUAACAGAUGUUACACUGCAUACGAUUAAAGGAAUUACAAACGUAUAUUUAUGGAUCUUAACUGAAGG